UUUACCAAGAUGGCGGCCCGCCCCGCUUCGGCCGCGGCCCCCACCGUAUGAGCCGGGCCUCCCUCCGCUGCUAAGAAUAGACAAGAAGCUGGCAGGCUGACAACAGGCAGAUACAGGACGGACUUUCUGGCUACUGACCAUUUAGCUGUGGCAUACCCGGAUUGUGUGUAGGUGGGAAAUCGACAAUGAGCUCCGUUGCAGUUCUGACCCAGGAGAGCUUUGCUGAGCACCGCAGUGGACUAGCUCAGCAGCAAGUAAAAGUCGCUGCUUUAAAUUCCGAAGACGACAGUGAUCCUCCGACCUACAAGGAUGCCUUCCCCCCACUCCCUGAAAAAGCUGCUUGUUUGGAAGCUUCCCAGGAACCUGCCGGUGCCUGGAGCAACAAAAUCCGACCGAUUAAGGCCUCAGUCAUCACUCAGGUGUUCCACGUCCCCCUGGAGGAAAGAAAGUACAAGGACAUGAACCAGUUCGGGGAAGGUGAACAAGCCAAGAUUUGCCUGGAGAUCAUGCAGAGAACCGGUGCCCACCUGGAGUUGUCUCUUGCCAAGGAUCAAGGCCUUUCCAUCAUGGUCUCCGGCAAACUGGAAGCAGUCAUGAAGGCUCGGAAGGAUAUUGUCGCUCGGCUGCAGACCCAGGCUUCAGCGACAGUUCCCAUUCCCAAGGAGCAUCACCGCUUUGUCAUCGGGAAGAAUGGAGAGAAGCUACAGGACUUGGAGCUCAAAACCGCAACCAAAAUCCAGAUCCCUCGUCCAGAUGACCCCAGCAACCAGAUCAAGAUCACUGGCACCAAGGAAGGGAUAGAGAAGGCCCGGCACGAGGUUCUCCUCAUCUCUGCUGAGCAGGAUAAGCGUGCUGUGGAGAGGCUAGACGUGGAAAAGGUGUUCCACCCCUUCAUCGCUGGACCGUACAACAAACUGGUUGGCGAGAUCAUGCAGGAAACGGGGACGAGAAUCAAUAUCCCACCAGCCAGCGUCAAUCGGACAGAGAUCGUCUUCACGGGAGAGAAGGAACAGUUGGCCCAGGCUGUGGCUCGCAUUAAAAAGAUCUAUGAAGAGAAGAAAAAGAAGACCACAACCAUUGCCGUGGAGGUAAAGAAGUCUCAGCACAAAUACGUCGUUGGGCCCAAAGGCAAUUCCUUGCAGGAGAUAUUAGAGAGAACUGGAGUUUCAGUUGAGAUCCCACCUACAGACAGCAGCUCGGAGACUGUGAUACUGCGUGGCGAGCCCGAGAAGUUGGGACAGGCGUUGACUGAGGUCUACGCCAAGGCUAACAGUUUUAUGGUCUCCUCCGUCUCUGCCCCUUCUUGGCUUCACCGUUUCAUCAUCGGCAAGAAAGGACAAAAUCUGGCCAAAAUUACUCAGCAGAUGCCAAAGGUUCACAUAGAAUUCACUGAAGGAGAGGAUAAAAUCACUCUGGAAGGACCAACUGAGGAUGUGACUGUGGCUCAAGAACAAAUUGAGAUCAUGGUCAAGGAUUUAAUUAUCAGGAUGGAUUAUGUGGAGAUCAAUAUUGACCACAAAUUCCACAGGCACUUAAUUGGGAAGAAUGGUGCCAACAUUAACAGAAUCAAAGACCAGUACAAGGUCUCUGUACGAAUCCCUCCUGAUAAUGAGAAAAGUAACCUGAUCCGAAUUGAGGGAGACCCUCAAGGGGUACAACAGGCCAAGAAAGAGCUGCUGGAGCUUGCUUCCCGUAUGGAAAAUGAACGUACCAAGGAUUUAAUCAUUGAGCAGAAAUUUCAUCGAACAAUCAUCGGGCAAAAAGGUGAACGAAUCCGUGAAAUUCGUGACAAAUUCCCCGAGGUCAUCAUCAACUUCCCAGACCCAGCACAUAAAAGUGAUGUUGUCCAACUAAGAGGGCCCAAGAAUGAGGUGGAAAAAUGCACGAAGUAUAUGCAGAAGAUGGUGGCAGAUCUGGUUGAGAAUAGCUAUUCUAUUUCAGUUCCAAUCUUCAAACAAUUCCACAAGAAUAUCAUUGGAAAAGGAGGUGCAAACAUCAAAAAAAUCCGUGAAGAGAGCAACACUAAGAUUGAUCUUCCAGCAGAAAAUAGCAACUCGGAGACAAUAGUCAUCACAGGCAAGCGAGCGAACUGUGAAGCCGCUCGCAGCCGUAUUCUUUCCAUCCAGAAAGACCUGGCCAACAUUUCAGAGGUGGAGGUUUCUAUUCCUUCCAAGCUUCAUAACUCCCUCAUUGGUGCCAAAGGUCGUUUUAUCCGCUCAAUCAUGGAGGAGUGUGGUGGGGUUCAUAUUCAUUUUCCAACAGAAGGUUCAGGUAGUGACACAGUCACCAUCAGAGGUCCUGCCCAGGAUGUUGAAAAAGCCAAGAAACAACUGCUGCACCUGGCUGAAGAGAAGCAAACGAAGAGUUACACUGUGGACCUCCGAGCCAAACCAGAGUAUCACAAAUUUUUAAUCGGCAAAGGGGGUGGCAAUAUCCGCAAGGUUCGUGACAAUACUGGAGCCCGCAUCAUCUUUCCCACUUCGGAAGACAAAGAUCAAGAACUAAUUACUAUCAUGGGAACAGAGGAGGCCGUCAAGGAGGCUCAAAAGGAACUGGAGGCUCUUAUCAAAAAUCUGGAUAACGUGGUGGAAGACUUCAUGCUCGUGGAUCCCAGACAUCACCGCCAUUUUGUCAUUCGGAGAGGGCAGGUUUUGCGGGAGAUCGCGGAGGAGUACGGUGGCGUCAUGGUUAGCUUCCCACGAUCCGGUACCCAGAGCGACAAGGUCACACUCAAAGGAGCCAAGGAUUGUGUGGAGGCAGCAAAGAAACGCAUUCAGGAGAUCAUUGAGGAUCUGGAAGCUCAAGUGACAAUGGAGUGCACCAUCCCCCAGAAGUUCCACCGUUCCAUCAUGGGCCCCAAAGGUUCCCGAAUCCAGCAGAUCACUCGGGACUUCGGGGUUCAGAUCAAAUUCCCCGACAGGGAAGAGACUCCAGCUCCCAAUGCAGAGCCAGCCGUUCAGGAAAACGGGGAAGAAAGCGCCGAGGGGAAGGAGGCGGACCCCAGUUCUCCGAAGAAGUGUGACAUCAUCAUCAUCUCUGGCCGCAAAGAGAAGUGUGAAGCAGCCAAGGAAGCUCUUGAGGCUCUGGUUCCUGUUACCAUUGAGGUAGAGGUGUCUUUUGAUCUUCACCGUUACAUCAUUGGUCAGAAAGGAAGUGGAAUCCGCAAGAUGAUGGAUGAAUUUGAGGUGAAUAUCCAAGUCCCAGCUCCUGAGCUGCAGUCUGAUAUUAUUACUAUCACUGGACUCGCUGCAAACUUGGACCGAGCCAAGGCUGGAUUACUGGAACGAGUGAAGGAGUUACAGGCUGAGCAAGAAGAUCGAGUUUUGAGAAGCUUUAAGCUGAAUGUCACCGUGGACCCCAAGUAUCAUCCUAAAAUCAUUGGGAGGAAGGGAGCAGUCAUCACCCAGAUUCGCAUGGAACAUGAAGUGAACAUACAGUUUCCAGACAAGGAUGAUGAAAACCAGUCGCAGGACCAAAUCACCAUCACGGGCUAUGAGAAGAACACAGAAGCUGCCCGUGAUGCCAUCAUGAAGAUCGUGGGUGAACUAGAGCAGAUGGUCUCGGAGGACGUCCCCCUGGACCACCGUGUUCACGCCCGGAUCAUUGGAGCUCGUGGCAAAGCCAUCCGCAAAAUUAUGGAUGAAUUCAAGGUGGACAUCCGUUUCCCUCAGAGUGGAGCCCCUGAUCCCAACUGCGUCACGGUGACUGGGCUCCCCGAAAACGUGGAGGAAGCGAUCGAUCACAUCCUCAACCUGGAGGAGGAAUACCUGGCCGACGUGGUGGACAAUGAGGCUAUACAAGUGUAUAUGAAACCCUCCACUCAUGAAGAAUCCAAGGCCCCAUCCAAGGGCUUUGUGGUGAGAGAUGCUCCCUGGACAGCAAGCAACAAUGAGAAGGCUCCAGAUAUGAGCAGCUCUGAAGACUUCCCUAGCUUUGGGGCUCAAGUGGCUCCUAAGACUCUCCCUUGGGGACCCAAACGAUAGUAAUCUGAAGGCAGAAUCAGCUCUUCCAGCCUGCUGACCUGAAACUACCCCACCACAAAGUACUUCGCCUUGAAAUCUGACCUAGCAGCUGGAUCCCAUGUAAAUUUUUGCCCCCGUGAGGUCUCGUAGUGAAGCCGGAGUGCUGGAUCCUGUGUGCUUCCCUCAGUUCUCAUUGAUUUACUUAGCGUCCAGUUUGCACUCAGGAUGGGUUCCUUGGCCCUCCGCUUUGGGACAGGCUUUCCACAUUCUUUUGAACACUAAAACCACCAUUAAUUAAAUGAUUUCUUAAUAAAGUAACUCAGACUUUCUAAGCUUCAUCGCCCACUCAGCAUGCCAUUAAGCACUCUGACCUUCGUUAUGAGAUCUCCACAACUGUGGCUAGGAGUCUUACUUCCUGUGUCAUGACCUCAGGAAAUAAAUUUCCUUGACUUUGUAAAAGCCAAAAUGUUUGCCCUCUUCCUUUUUUUUUUCCCCUUUGUUUUCUUUUGGUUUAUUUUUGUUGUUGUUCCCCUCUUAGGUUUGGGGUUUUUGUUGUUGCUUAUCCCAGACCUUCCCUUUUCGUAGAGUGCAAUCAGCUUUCUUCCAACUGCCAAAAAAAAAAUCCAUUUAAAAUGAGUUUUUAGAGUAGGGAGAGCGAAGCAAGCCUUGGAAAGGAAAACAAGAAAGUUUUUGCAGAAGAAAAAGGACGUGGCCAAAAGGGGCAAAUGAAGAUUGUUGGACGCAGAAAGGCACGUGGGAUGUCGGAACAGUUAAAAUGGCUUUGAUUCACAGGUGAUACUACCUGUUUGAGGUUUGGAGAGCACCAGGAUUCUUGCUUGUUUGCUUGCUCUUUUUCACUCACUCCUCACACACACACACACACAUAUAAACCCACCCACCCACACCCACCCCCCUUUUUUCUCUCUUCAGCUUCCUCAUGAGGAGAGGAAAAAACCAAGAGUCCAUGUUCUUAUUUCCCUUCGCUCUUCUCUUCCAAAGACAAUAUGUCUGGUGAACAGAGCCCGAAGAAGCCAGCACUAUCAGGUAUAGCUGUAUUGGAGUUUAGCUGAAGUUGCCAUGGCACUAUGCCUAGAAACCAUGAUAGAUGGUAGGUGGGUGUGUGAGAGCAGCAGCCGUGGUGAUUGUGGGAAUGGGAAGGGAGCUAGAUAGGGUCAGUACUUUCCUUCUCCCUCUCGUGACACUGGCUAGUUCGGACUGCCUUCAGGUGACAGCGUUUUUAUUAUUUUUGGGGUUUUGUUCCUUCCACUAUUUACAAUUGCCACCUUUCUACCUCAAAAGCCAGUGUGAUAGUGGUCCGAUGCUUUAGAAUAGUGCCGCCAGCACCUGGUGUCUCUGAUUUUAGACACUUUUCUAGGUUAAUUUACAAUUUUGGAAGGUUUUGGCCCGGACACCCAAGUUGGAACGUAGUGGGAGGGUACCAUCAUUCCCUCAUCGCACGGUGACUUCAGCAGUUGUGGCUUCUCUGAGAGGUGGGUGGACGACUCUCACUGGAUCGUGGGGACAUUGACACACGCACGCUUAUGUUCCGCACCUGGCCAGCUGUAGGUUCCUACUGGGAAUUGGCCAAUUCACUUAGCAUUUACGUGUGUGCUUAGAGUUCUCAUUCGGGGGGAAGGGAGGCGGGCAUCCAUUACUAGUAAAACUUCUGUUUGAUUCAUUGACCGAAGAGGUCGGCUUCACGUGUUGGAAGAGACCAGAGUGGUGGUUUUUACUCUCCGUUUAGAGUGGCGUAGCUUUUUCCCACCACAUCCAGAAGAGGCGAAAUCAAAAUCGGGAGCAACGUGAAUGGGUGCUGAGAUCCCUUUCCGAGGGGGCUGUUCAGUUGAGUACUUUUAUGUGUCAGGGGGACGGUUGAGUGCCCUGUACCCUAAGGUCAUAUGCACGGUUAACCGCUAACUGUGUGUGAUUUAGGAGGCUGCUCUUAAAGGAGGAGAGAACUCCGUGCAGGAAGUGGAAAUUCUAGCCUGUCUGAGGGUGGAGAGGUAUCGGGCUUCUGUUUAGGUAGUUGGGUCUGUCUUCCUGUUCCCUGCCUCUAGUCCGGCAAGGAGAUGACUGAGCCAUAAUUACUCCUCUCGUUCCAGUUAAUUGAGCUUGUGGAGAAUCUGACUAGUGAGACUUGAAAAGUUCCUCUUUCCUUGGAAUAUUUACUGGGAUCAGGUCAUCGCCUUGAUUUCUUCCCUGUUCCAGCAUCUCACCCCUUAAGACUCCGCUGAAACAUAAUUAGUUUAAUCUUUCCCCUCAGUGUCUAGAAUUACCGAGGAUUCUGUAACUCUGAACUAAAUGUCAAUUGGCCCGGCAAGUGUCCUCCUUGCUUAAGACCAUCUUAAACACGAUCAUUUCUGGGCAUGAUGAAUUUGGGGCUGUGGUGGGAUAUUGGAAAGGUGGGGAGAAAGGGGAAAUAACUUUGGCCGAGUGGCCUCGGAUAAAGGCGGAGGGAAGGGAGUCGAGUCCUACGGUAUUUUUUGGUUUUGAUCUGGGAAAUGGGCAUCCUCCACCAUCUAGCUAUCCAGAUGGAGCAGGGUUUUUUGGUUUUGUUUUUUUUAAUGCCCCUUCCCAUCGGCAAUUUCUUGGCUGACUUCUGUACACAGACUUUGUCUCCUUGUCCAUGGGUCCAUCCUCCACAACUUCCAUCCCUGCAAUAAUAAAAAAAAAAUUCGAUCCACCAGACUACAGCCCAUUACCAAUCACUAAAUCACUGCUAAAAGUCUUAGAGACAAGAUACAAUUCAGAGCAACACCCUCGUGAGUUUACCUUUCCUAAAGUGUUGGGGUUUUUUUUGGCUUUUGUUUUUGUUUUUUAGUUAAAUGAAGGUCAUGAAAUGAUUGUACCUAGUACUUUUGUCUCCCCAGGCCCCUGGUGGUGUGCACUAAGCACUCUGGGGGAGUUGGGGCUUGUCUGUCCCAUUUCCUCCUUGUUUUUAACGUCUUCCAUAUCGUAUGUUUCCAUGGCAACGAUCCCUUGGCCUUAACUUUGGAAUUUGGAGAUUAUAUGCAAACACGUGUAAAAAGGCUCAUGAAUAUGGAUGACACUGGAAUUUUAUAAAUUCUAAAAUAAAACCUGAAACAGUU